CAACACCUAACUGCUCCUGCUACCACUGCGACCACUGCAACCUGCUGUCCUGCUGCUCUGGCAAACCCCACCGCUCCAACGUCAUCUGCGACCCGUCGUUCUGCUGUCGUACACCACAUGGCGUCCUGGUGGCCCUGAUGCUUUGUGCUUGCGCUGGUGCUUGUGCUUGUGCUUGUGCUUGUGCUAGGUUCCGUUCUUGUUAUUCAUACUUCCUCCCGCCUGCAGCUUCCACCGCGUUUCUUCAUGCGCUUCGGCCUCUUUCGCCGCCUGGGUGACUGGUCUUAAGAUCCUGUUCUCCUCGACGCCGUGCCUUGCCUCGCUUCAUCUGCUCUGCCUCCCUGCUUGCGUUCGUGCAUGCCUCGACCCGACCACUUGGCUUCCUCGCCUCCUUUCAGCCAACCCUGAUCCCACACUCCUACAUAUCCAGAAGCACCAAGAGCCCCCUUGCCAACUUCGCGGCACAUCCAGCACGCUCUCGUCGCGCCCUUCCUUGCAGGUAGAUGGAUGACAGUUUAAGUGUGUCAGCGCUACCACCAACAGCAGUAUGAUUGGCAAGCUGCACAAUUGGAGGGUUGAGCACCACCAUCAAUCCAACAAGAAGGACUGGAGAAACAGCGGCGUCGGUGGCCUCGUCUCGCUCGAGGACCUCGUCAUCAGGAAACCCAAGGCAUCCUCGCCAUCAAAAGCUGUGAAGAAGAAAGUGCCUUUCCUCUCGCUUUCCCUGAGUAAGCCGUCCGUCACACUCAAGUCACUUCAGUCAAACGAGGCCGAUACCCUGGAUGAUCACGCUCCCGUCGCGUCGGAUGUCUCCCUUUUUUCCAACAUCCCGGCCAGUGCUGGCCUAACGUCCGUGUUUCCACCAUCGUUGUCGACGUCCAGACCGGUAUCCCCCACCCGUCCGAGAACCGCAGAUCCAGAACGAGCGUCGUUCGCUCGCCGGAGGUCCAAAACACUUCCUAUGGACGGCGAUACGCCACAGCUGUCUCUCGACUGGACCGACAAGCCUUUGCCUUUGGUUGUGGACUUCGAUGCUUCCCAGUCGCGAAAGCCUUCUGUUUCUACCGACCAAAGCAGUAAGUCAGGAGCGCAGGACUGUGGUAACGUAGGUGCCGCAAAUACUAAUUCAGCAGCGACUGUAGCUAGUGCGUCCAUUUCACGGCCACGAACGAGCCAGUCAAUGGAGUCGCCUUUGAACUUGCAAGACUCUCGCAAGAGAAGCAACAGCAGCGCUUCCAAAGGUUCAAAACCUGCGGCCUACUCACUUACACCGGCAAUCUCGCCUGCUGAGAGCCGACGGCCGUCCCUGUCUGGCGCAGAAUUCCAAAAGAUCGUGCAGGUAGCGCAUACCAAGAGUCCCAGCUCGGCGUCGACGUCGCGCCCACGCUCGAACUCUCGCGUCAGCAUUACCGCGGCAUCGCCCGCACCAGCGCCAACUACGUCCGCGAACACCACUAUGACUUCAGAGAGACCAGCACCUGUGCCGAGUCCUGCACGGUCGAUAUUGGAGGAAGUAGAGGGCACACUGAGCGCCACCAUACGGGAGUUGCAGGAUCUGCAGGGGGAUUGGGAACAUCCCACAGGUGGAAGCAACAUUCGACCUAUGCGCACGAGCUCGCUCAUGUACAAGAUGCCUUCCGCGCCAGAAGUGCCGCGGAGCGCGCCUGCGAUUCAGGAAGAAUUCCCCGUACGCAGCAACUCACAUGACGCUGCGACCGCGCGUGCACCUCGAGAAGAUACGUGGCCCAGCUCACAGGCACCGUCGAUGCCGACUACUCCACGCAGCGCAAGUCUACCCAAGACGGAGACUCCGAGCCUUGGACGCAUGCAAAGUAUCCAAAUAGCGUACGAAAAGUCAAAGGCGAAGGCGCACAGGCUGGGUGUCGAAAACGAUACGCUGAAGCAGCAGAUGAAGUUCUUGCGCGAACGAUUUGCUGAGAUGGGCGACCUGGAAUCGGAGAAGCAAACACUCGGGGUAGCCCUGAAGGAGGCUAGGGCGAACAUCGAGGCCUCGCUCGCACAGCUGCAGGCGUCCAGAGCCAACGAGGAAGCAAUUCAAAAUAAUUUAACCAACGUAGCUCGGAGACUUGAAGAAGCGAACGUGCAAAAGAUCGAUGUGUUGGAGCAUAACUCAGAGCUUCAAAAUGAGGUAGCAAGCCUGAAAAGAGAGAUGGCGCUAAUGAGGAAGGAAAUGGAUGAGCUGCGUCAGAGACCCCAAAUGUCUGAAUUGGAAGACGCGCAAAUGAAGCUGUCCAAGGCUCAAGAGGAGAAUAAGCUGCUUGCCGAGCAGGCCAAAGCAGCGGAAGGCCGCGCAGACCUGCCCGCGAUGGUGGCUGACCUAACGUUCAAGCUCGAGGAUGUGCGACGCACGGUUGCAGAGAAGGACAAGUAUAUUGCCGAUCUUGAAGCGCAAACUGCGAGUCUAGGGGAGCAAUUACAUAUCAUGCGAGAAGAGCAGGCCAAGCUAUCUCAAAGCAACGAUAUGCUUCGGUCGCAGUCGCAGAAGGGCAACACAUCCAGCAAGCGGCUGAGUCAGCUGCAAAAACAAAUUGAGGAGAUUGAGAAGGCAAGGCACGCGGCUCAAGUCGAGAGCGAACGUCAUCUGCAGUUACUGAAAGAACAGCUUCGUCGUAACGCAGUCGAGGUCCACAAGCGUGAGCACCCGGCUUCGAGCUUACUAGAGAAGAAGCUCAACAUCGAGGAGGCCAUCACGGAGGUACGUCUCAAGUUCGAGCGGCGCAAGGCGCGCGAGCAAGCUGGGGAAUUCUCGGACGAGAGUGGGGACACUGCUACGGAUCCAGCAGUGCGUAUUGCGCAGCUCGAGAAGGAGAUUGAGUACCAUGUCAAGGACAUUGUACUGUACAAACUUGACGUCAAAGGGUACCGCAAAGACCUCAAGCGCGCUAAGGAAAAGAUAGCGGCGCUGACGGAGGCUGCCAAUGCUGCUACUACUGCUUCUACCGCUACCGUCGUCGCUGAAAACACGAAUCAUCAAUCACCAUCGCCUCCUUCCCAAGAGCACGGCAGGCCAGAUAUGUCACGUGAAAGCUCUUCUACGUCAGUUCCUCAAUUAUCUCCGUCGACCACUCGCGACCCCGGAGCGGCGAGCAGUGACAACGAGAGCCUUGGGCCCGCGACACCUAGUAUCACCACCGCACUACAGGUCCAGUUGCCGGUGCGGCACAUCGUAACGGCGUGGAGCCCAGGCGUAAGUCCGCGAUCGACACCUACAGUGGAGAACAAAACGCUCAUCAGCGCUUGAUUGAAGCAUUGAUUCGAGCUCUAGAGGAGCUAUUUUUCGCUACCACCGAUGCUAUCGUUGCAUCAGCCCUUACUUUAUUCUUUGUAGCAGUAGAAGAUGAGGGAUGACACUGUCCUUGGCAGUUUAUAAGGGAUGUUCUAUUUACUGCAGAGGGAAAAAGAAUUAUCAAUUGCAUUGCAUAGAUGGGUUUCACUUGAUUACGAGUACGUUGCGCGCUGAGUUUACUCUUGUCAGUUGGAUACCCGACGUUUUUCUUUCGUGUUGCAGCACUGAUAAGUAUUGUAAUCUAAAUUGAGGCAACUUAUCAAAACGAUACUUUUUUUCAUCAGCGUCCUUCUUGUCUCGGUUUCUUGACAUUCUAUCUGGAAGUUCUCAAUGUAAGGAUGAUUCGUGACGGCAUCGUC